AUGAAUUCAAAAGUUAUAAAUUUAACAAAUAAGGUGGCUAUUAUUACCGGGGCUAGUUCCGGAAUUGGAAGAGAAACUGCCAUAUUAUUCAAUAAAUUAGGUGCAAAUAUUUUGUUAACAGGACGUGACACAGAACGUUUAAAUAAUUUAAAAGACGAAUUAAUUAAAGAUAAUAAUGAUAGUGGAAAUAAUAUUAAAAUAUUUGCAGCUGAUUUGUCUAAAGAAGAAGAUUGUAAUAAAUUAAUUAAUAAUGCAAAGAAAGAAUUUAAGAAACUUGAUAUAUUAGUUAAUAAUGCUGGAUUGUUAAAAAAAGGAACUAUUGAAGAUACUAAAAUAGAAGACUAUGAUUAUAUAAUGAAUGUCAAUUUGAGAGCUUUAGUAAUUCUUACACAAUUAGCUGUUCCUUUGUUAAAAGAAACAAAAGGAACUAUUAUUAAUGUUUCAAGUGUAAAUGGAAUAAGAAGUUUUCCAGGAGUUUUAGCAUACAAUAUAUCUAAAGCUGGUGUUGAUCAACUUACAAGAUGUUCAGCUCUUGAAUUAUCUCAAUAUGGAAUACGUGUUAAUUCAGUAAAUCCAGGUGUAACUGUUACUGAAUUACAUAGAAGAAGUGGAAUGGAUGAAACAACAUACAAAAACUUUCUCGAACAUUCAAAAACUACUCAUGCACUUGGUAGACCUGGUGAGGCAAUUGAAGUUGCCAAUACAAUAGCAUUUCUGGCCUCUGAUGCAUCAAGUUUUAUAACAGGAGCAUCAAUUCCUGUAGAUGGUGGAAGACAUGCAAUGUGUCCAAGAUAA